AUGCGUUUCUCACCCAUGUCCCUGCCAGCUUUGGCUGUCGUCGGCCAGGCUGUUGCAUCUCCCAUCUCGAAGAGGGAUACUGCAUCUGACCGAGCAAAUGCCGUCAAGCAGGCGUUCCAGAUUGCCUGGGAUGGCUACUAUGCUCAUGCAUUCCCUCAUGACCAACUGCACCCAAUGGACAACACGUAUGAUGAUUACUAUGACGGCUGGGGCGCCUCUGCAAUUGAUGCUAUAUCGACAGCAGCUGUCAUGGGCCAUCGGGAAAUCGUGAACCAGAUUGUCGACUACAUUCCUACCAUCGACUUCACGUACUCAAAUGAGACAACUAUCAGUUUGUUUGAAACCACUAUUCGCUACCUAGGGGGUCUUUUAGCCGGUUACGAUUUGCUCUCUGGCCCAGCUGCAGACCUUGUAUCGGACAAGAGCAAAGUUGACACUAUAUUAAAACAGGCCCAGGUUCUUGCUAAUACAUUGAGCUACGCUUUUGAAACACCUUCUGGUGUACCUUACAACAACUUGCUUAUCAACAAUCGUAGCAACGAUGGAUCAACAACCAAUGGCCUGGCUACAACAGGUAGCCUGGUGAUUGAGUGGACGCACCUCGCGGAUUUGACCGGCAACCAUACCUAUGCGCAGAUCGCGCAGAAGGCCGAGUCCUACUUGAUCCAUCCACAGCCAUCUUGGGCGGAACCUUUCCCUGGUCUGGUUGGUAGUACUAUUGACAUCGCAACCGGUAAAUUCACCGACAACUAUGUCACCUGGAACGGUGGAGACGACUCCUUCUACGAGUACCUUAUCAAAUUCUUCGUCUAUGACCCCAUCCGGUUCUCAGAGUACCGCGACCGGUGGCUAGCUGCUGCUAACUCUACUCUCGAGCACCUUUUGUCUCACCCUGCAUCACAGCCGGAUUUGACAUUUGUCAACAUUUGGAACAACGGAACGACGAUAUCCACCAGCGAACACUUAACCGGGUUCAUUGGUGGCAACUUCUUGUUAGCAGGCUCUGUUUUGGGCCGUCAAGAUCUCAUUGAUGCUGGUUUGGCAUUCACGGACUCGUGGCACGCCACAUAUAAUAGCACCGCAACCAAGAUCGGCCCUGAGGUGUUUGCUUGGGAUAAAGCGGGCGUUCCGGCCGACCAGGAAGCCUUCUAUGAGAAAGCUGGCUUCUACAUCACAUCAGCUGACUAUGUCUUGAGACCAGAGGUUAUUGAGAGUUACUACUAUGCUUACCGCGUCACUGGUGAUACCAAGUAUCAAGACUGGGCCUGGGACGCCUUCCUUGCUAUCAACUCUACAUGUCAUGUAGGAUCUGGGUACUCCGGUAUUGAGAACGUCAACGUUGUUGGGGGAGCAGGCUUCGACAAUGAGCAAGAGAGUUUCCUUUUCGCCGAAGUUUUGAAAUAUUCCUACCUGAUUCACGCCGAGGAUGCCGAUUGGCAAGUGAAGGCUGAUGGCAAGAACAAGUUCGUCUUCAAUACCGAAGCACACCCUUUUACCGUUGUUGGAUAG